ACAGGUCAUGUCAUGACAGAAAUAUUAGUUCAUUGCUUCGUGUAGCUUUAGUGCCCCCUAUACUACCCAUUGGCUUUCUCCAGGGCACAGUGCUGCUGUGUGUGGGCACUUUCUGUGGGACUUUACUUUGUUAUACCAGCAGGUGGCGCUCAUACAGGUGCUGGGGCAUAAAUGCAAAAAUAGAGGGGCAAAUACAGUGGAAAGGGGGACCCCACAUUAACAGCCAGUCAGGGCGCUGACUCCUCCUCCUAUAACCCCAGCCGCUGCCGUGUAACCUUACUGGACGAUGCUGGCUGCGCGGCUGCUGUCUCGCCUUGGGGUGCUGGCGGAAGAGCUGAGGGGGUGCCAGGCUGCGCUUUGCCAACACACGGCGCUUCUUAGCCCUACACCGGGCCCUGUUGCAGCUCCGAAGCGCCGUCUCUCUAUUGGCUGCCCUCGAAGGGCAAAGCACCGCAGCCUCACAGGGAAGAAGCCCGAUUUGUCAGAGAAGAAGUUGACGCGAUAUUUUGUGGAUCACCGCAGGGUCCGAGUGGUGGGAGGAGCCGGUGGAAAUGGGGCCUGCUGCUUCCAUAGCGAGCCCAGAAAGGAGUAUGGGGGUCCAGACGGUGGAGAUGGAGGAAAUGGGGGGCAAAUCGUAUUAAAAGCCGAUCCCAGGGUGAAGUCUCUUUCCACUGUCACGCCUGUGUAUAAAGGAAAUAACGGGGAACCAGGGCGCAGUGCUAAUUGCUUUGGAAGAAAUGGGGAAAGCAUUUAUAUCAAGGUUCCGCUGGGCACGUUGGUGAAGGAGGAAGGGAUGCUUCUCGCUGACCUCUCAAAGGCAGGUGAUGAGUUCUUGGCAGCUCGUGGGGGCGUCGGCGGGAAAGGAAACCGAUUCUUCUUGAGCAAUGAAAACCGUGCACCAAUGACGGCUACCCCAGGCCAGCCGGGAGAGGAGAGAGUUCUGCACCUGGAGUUAAAGACAAUGGCCCACGUCGGCAUGGUGGGAUUUCCCAAUGCCGGAAAGUCUUCACUGUUGCGCCUUUUAUCAAACGCCCGGCCGGCGGUCGCCGCAUACCCUUUUACCACCCUAAAUCCCCACGUGGGGAUCAUUAAAUACCGGGAUUACGUGCAAAUUGCAGUGGCUGAUACUCCGGGUAUCAUAGAUGGUGCCCAUCAGAACCGGGGACUGGGUUUCGCCUUCCUCCGACACAUUGAGCGUUGCCGCAUUCUUCUCUUUGUGCUGGACCUUUCCCAUAAGGAGCCCUGGGCGCAGCUGGCGUCCCUCCGGUAUGAGCUGGAGCAGUACAACGAGGACUUGGUUCAGCGGCCUCAUGUUAUUGUGGCAAACAAGCUUGACCUCCCAGCAGCACGAGAGACCCUGCGGCGCUUGCGCCACGAGACUGACAGUAACGUGAUUGGUGUUUCUGCCCUGACUGGAGAGAAUGCAGAGGAGCUUAUACUGCACCUGCGGGAGUUAUACGAUGGGCACAGGCAGCACAGCAAGGACCCACUGGCAGCCUGGUGAACUAUGGCAGCUAAAUAUACAAACGUUACACAGAGAGGAGCGGCAUUGGCCACACUGGUAUUAUACUGAAUUGUACUGGGACUUUAUCAAAGUAAAUGAGGAUAAAAAAACUUCCCCUUUA